AAGUCGCGCCACUCGUCGUUCGGGCCAUAAGUGAGCUGAUGCCGGCGUGCAAGCCCCGCUCCCGGGCAGUGGCCCGACGUCCCCGCGGGACCCGGGACGGCGGGGAGGACAGCGGGGACCUGGGGCCCGGGGCCGCGGCCCGCGACCUGCGGAUGGGCACAUCUAACAUGUCGUUUGAGGAGCUGUUGAAAUUGCAGAGCCAAGUGGGGACUAAGACAUUCAAACAAUUGGUAGCCGGAAACACCAUUGAGAAACAAGGGUCUAGCCCACCUGUGCAAAAUGCAUGUGUAGCAGAUAAGCACAGGCCUCUGGAAAUGUCAGCCAAAAUUCGAGUACCAUUUUUACGUCGGGUUGUUCCCAUCAGUAAAAAGGUGGCCCGCGACCCUCGCUUUGAUGAUCUGUCAGGGGAAUAUAAUCCUGAAGUGUUUGACAAAACGUAUCAGUUCUUGCAUGAUAUCCGAGCCAAAGAGAAAGAGCUUGUGAAAAAGCAGUUGAAGAAGCACCGUUCAGGGGAGGAGCAUGAAAAACUGCAGCAGCUGCUUCAGCGAAUGGAGCAGCAAGAAAUGGCACAGCAGGAACGAAAGCGGCAGCAGGAACUGCGCCUGGCCCUGAAGCAGGAGCAGCGGGCUCAGGCCCAGCAAGGCCAUCAGCCAUACUACCUGAAGAAAUCUGAGCAGCGCCAGUUGGCGCUAGCUGAGAAGUUCAACGAGCUGAAACGCAGCAAGAAACUGGAGAGCUUCUUGAGUCGAAAGAGGCGCCGAAACGCAGGCAAGGACAGGAGACAUCUCCCUUUGAGCAAACAGUAAUAAGGAACUGCUCACUGCUCUGCUACUGCCCUGAGGAGACAUGGAUCUGUGGGGACAGACUUGGGCUUGGCCUUUUUUCUUGGUUCUUUUCCAUUCACAGCUGCCCUUGACCUAAGUUUGCUCAGAAAAGACCAGAAGGCUCUUGGACUGCCCUUAAGGCUAGAUAAGAAGAGCACUCAGCCUUCUGCCAUGCCACACUGCCUCUGCAUGGAUCUGGUUCAUCGUGUACUCACCUCCUUCUCCCUUGCCUUAAGCCAGUGGUUCUGGUACAGAAGAAUAGGGGCCAGUGUGCAACCUUGAAGCCAGUGAAGGCCAUGGAAUCUGUUCAUGACUCCCAGGGCUGGAAUUUUAUUAGGAGUCAGUUCAUAAACAUUUUUGUUACUCAUC